CACAAUGAAGUAAUUAAUAUUCAUUGACACAGAAAUGACUGAUAAAUUUUAUGCAAUCGUGGAAUUCGAAGAUGGACUACAAGUUAUACCAAAUAAUUGGUUAAGUGGAGACUUAAAGAAAGCUUUUUGGCCAAAUUUUACAAACAACAAGCGGUAUGAUAAAGCAGUUAAAUUGAGGGAGGAGCCAGAAUAUACUUGGUUGGAGCAUCCUAUUCGAAAAAUAUAUGGAACAUUUCAAAACUAUGGAGUGGCAAGGAAAAAGUUAAAAGAUGCCGAAGAAUUAUCCGACAUUAACUCUGGCCCUGAUAUAGAAGAAAAUUUAAAAAGGUCGAGAAAAAUUAGAGCCGCUAAAAUUGUUGACGAAACAAGUAACGAUACUGAUGAAUCAUUAGACGAAAUGAUACAAGUCUCAGAAAUUCCAAAGUUUCCAAACAAGCAUUCGAUGACUGCAGAAACCAGUAAAACAUCAAAAAUUACAGAAAAUGCAUCAAAAAAUGUUAAUAAUUUGGAAAGAAAAUAUACAGCAACACAAAGAAGCAACAUAAAGAAGUUUGCAAACAUAAACACAAAUAUAGAAAAAGGAACAGAUGAUUCAUCUUUACAUUGCAAUAAAAAUUUGAUUGACGCACCGGUAGAACAAUCGUUUGAUGAAACCGACGAUGAAGUUUAUGUACAAUUUCCAAUUCAACUAGAAAAUAAAACAUCGUCAAAUUUAUCAAUUCAUAAGCAAGCUCUGCAUUGCAAUGGAAAUGUGCUUGAUGCAUCCGCGGAACAAUUGUUUGAUGAAGUCGAUGAAGUUAAUGCAAACAUGCCAAUUCAAUUGAAAAACAAGGCAUCAUCAUCAAAUUCAUUGAUUAAUAAGCAAGAAUCUGAACCGUACGAACGAUUUGUCAUCCAUAAACUUAUAAGUUUAGAAUUAAAACUAAACUCUAUAGAAAGAUGUCAAAAACUUAUUCUAAAGAAAAUUUCAAUCGACACUUUUGAAGCCAAAGAAAAAGAAACAAUAGAUAUCUAUCAGAUUUACCGUUAA